AUGAGGGUAUUUGAAGCAACAUCCCAUGACCAUCAGGAAUUCGAGCUAGAGCUUCGUGGGUCUUUCAAAUUACCCUUCCUGGUCUGUUUAACCUGUCGUGUGCAUCGCGAAUACCAACGAUCAUUCAAUAACACCUUUUCUGAAGGACGUUCGUGCGAAGAUGAAGUCGCGAUGGACUACCUGCUUGCUUCUUUAUGA